ACAUUCCGAACCCCAUGCACAAAAGGAAGUGAAAGGCAAAUCUCCGAAGCGCGACACCCCUUUCUAGACAAAAACAAGCUCUUCGAGAUGUACAGGGCCGUGGCUGAUCUUCGUCUCAAUUUAUCCUAGUAUCAUUAAUUAAUACUGGAUACUGUGUCUCCCAGCUCUCUUUACCUCCCUUAUCUACUUACCACCUAGCUACCGAUCUGCGCAAUCAUUGACAACUCGACUUGAGAGACCGGUGAAACUUAUAAUUAGGCCCAGGACAGCGAGACCAUGCGUGCCCGAAAUCCCCCCCCACCCAAAUCGCGGAGUAAAUCCUCAAACAGGGAUCGCUCGCCUACCGGAAAAGCACGAGAGUCGCCCGAAGUGCUUCAUCAACUUGGCCGUGCUGUUCUUGCAUAUUCGCUUAGAAAGAUUAGCGAGCGCACUCGAGAUAAGAGGAGGGAUACGCAUUCAUCUCGCCAACCGCCUGGUCGAAGAAAAGACAUGCCCGAUGAGACUGGCGCCCGGGAGGAAAGCAGCCGCGGGCCGAGCGCCAGGAGCGAUAGCGGCGAAUUGCACAACCUCGUGAGCCAGGUUGCUGUGGGUGUUUUGGCUUUUGGAAUUCGGCACUACAUGCAUCGCCGCCGGGAAGCUAAGAGAGAGGCGGCAGCGACGGCGAGAACACCGCAGAGACCAAAAGGCCCAAGCAAUCAUCGACAACCGGACCAACAACAACGGCGCGCACUAAGAUCCGCUGCCGACCCAGAGCUUUCCACUGCCAUUGAUUCACUCACUAAGGAGGUGCAAAAUGCCUCGGAAUCGAUACGACGGUUGGCGUACUCGGCCCCUUCCCACCGGGAGUGCGCAGUCCAAGAGGCACUGAUCUCCGACGCUGACCGGCUCCAAGCAUCUCUCGCGAAUAUCCAAACUAGCGCCAACAAUAUGAUGAACCUUCACCCCAACUUGAACCGGCCGCCGAAUCCUCCCCACAAAGGUAGACGGCGGGAAAGGACGAGGUUCGACGAAGGACAGAGGCAGAAUGAAGAGCCAAGGAGUCACAUCCCGAACCACCAUCGUCGACGUCGGCCGUCAUGAACCGGGCUGGGCUGCGGCGGAUGUUGUUAGUACGAUAUGCGAGCUACGACGCCAUAUCCAUGUUAAUAAUAGCAUCAGCUAGCAGGAAGGACUGGGACUACGUGAAAGCUGCUGCGAUUUAGUUAUCUCGGAGGUUGAGAGGUCGAUGAGCCUGCCUUUUUGACCAAUUCUACGAUAUGAUACUCAAUAUUAAACGAAACCAUGUCUCUUGAACGACGGGGCGAAG